AACCCCUCUAAAUUCCCAAAACCCUCUUUCAUAGUUCAUAACUUGGUUGUUGGCGCCUGAACAACGCUACCACUAGCUCAUCUCUUCCUCUCUAAGAUUUCAAACCAAAGAACCAACCUUUCUUCUCAAACUCCAAAAACCCAUCAAAACCCACUAAUCCCAAAUCCAAAGAUGCCUCCUCCUCCGCCGCACGCGGUGGUCCGCAACCGCUUCCUAGGGUUCCUCAUCUGGCAAUCCAUCCCCUCCACCCUCAUUUUCCUCCUCUUCAAAACCCUCUCUCCCUCCUCCUCCUCCGCCUCCUCAAAACCCCUCUUCCCAUUCGCCCCAUGGUUCUUCGCAUUAAUUACCUUCUUGUCCUUCCUCCUCUCCCAGCUCCUCUUCUCCGCCGCCCUCUCCCUCGUCUCCUCCACCCACCCCCACCCUCUCGUCUCGCCUCUCAAGCUCUCCCUCGACCUCCUCCGCUUCCUCCUCCUCCCCGCCGCUUCUAAUUUGUCCGGCUCGGACCCGGGCUCUCGGGUACGGGCCCGGGUCACCGCCCGCUUCGUGGCGUUUGUCGCCGCGGCGGCGGCGGCGUCCGGGGUUCUUGCGGCGGUCGCGGUUUCCGGGGAGGUUGGCGGUGGGGUUUGGGGGGUUGGGAGAGUAGGGUUUAGGGGUUUUGUGAUGGGUUUCCUUUAUGGUUUGUAUUAUGUGUAUACCCGGAAGUGGGUUUUGGAGUUCCCCAUUAUUCAGCGUCCACCCUUUUUUAGCUUCAAGAUGGGGAUCCCUGCAGCUGUCACACAAUCCUUAAAGCUGUCCAUUGUGGCAUAUCUAGUCUCAGCUGUUCUGGUGAUGUUCCUUCCCCAUGAGUUUCACAACAAAGUUACAGUUCGAAGGAGGAUGGCGGAGCAGAUUACCUUCUACAUCGGGAGUUUCUUGGUGUUUCUAUGCUGGGAACUAAGUCACCAUUUACAUCAGGUGCUUAAUACCAAGAGAUGCAUAUUUGCACCGCCUAAAGGAUCAGCUGCAGCAGAAACAAAUCCAACUGAGCAUCUCCUUGCAGCUUUGGAGGAGAGCACUCCUAAUUCUCUUCCUCAGUAUCUUGCAUAUCUUGAUCUCUGCAUGAUCUGUGAGAACAAUGUUGAUACUUGGCGACGAGCUGCCUUUUACGAAGAAAGUGGUGAAACUUACAAAAGGGUUGUAUCUGUUUGCUUGCGACCUCUGGAGCAGCUUGCAUCAAUACUUGGUGAAGGCUUGGAAAGUAAUGUUAAUGGAAAAUCCCAAAUAUCCAAUCAGUUACUGUCUCCAACUGACCAGCGUUUAGAUUCGAAAUAUUCUGAACCCUUCAACAGCUUCCAGCUUUAUGCAUGGUGUGCCUGGUCAGCUGCUUCACUAACUGCACGCUCAAAUACAGACGACAGAUCUGGGGUUGCCCAGAGAACAGGUAGUAAUGCUGCUGUGGUCUCAACCCUGAUCUCUUGUCUUCUUGCUGUUGAAACAUACAUGGGAAAGAAGACCAGUGUUCCUGCACAGUUUAUGGGGCCUGCUAGUAUCAAAUGGGCAACCUCGAGUGUGGGAAAUGUUGGCAUGGCUAAGAAGAGAGUUGGCCCUAUCCAUCCCAAAGCAUAUGCCCUUGCAGAUGUUCUCAAGAACUCCAUCUAUCAUAUUGUGUCAGCAUGCCAUGAUCAGAUGGUGAGCAGCGCCAAAACGGGCGUCCUUGAAAAAUAUUGGGUCAUCAAAGACAAGCCUCCUUUUGGGUCACCUGAGCUUCUGGUGCAAAAAUUGAGUCUUUUCCUAGACUUUCGAGCUAGCUAAAUUCUAAAUGUUUUUCUGGGGAUCCAAAUGUCUGCCUGGUUAAGCUAGACGGACAUAUGAAGAGAUGGAUUUGCUUCUCAACCUGACCAGUGUUUGGAAGCUGAAGAUAUCAUCAGGUGUAUCAGAAAGAAAAUCAAAUGAAUCCUGUAAGUUUUGUGGUUGAUAGAACACAUCUUCCUCAAGGCUCUUAUACCGAAAUCAAAAGGGUUUUCCUUCUGUUAUCUCUUUUUUACUGCCUAUGCCACUGUUUUCUAGUUAAGGUUGGUCCCUGCAUCAUUUCUAGUUUAUACAUUGAAAGGAAUCAUGUACUGAAAUUGGCAAUUCGGCAUUCUAUAGUGCAUUCAAUAUUUAUUAGGCUCUUUCCUUCCUAGUUGCAAUUAGAUUAGGGAAAUACACUGAUAAACUCUGUAGAGAAAACCCAGAAUAGCUCUUGCUGUGCUUUUGAUUUUAAUUUACUUGA